ACUGGUGGGCUUUGCAGUGUGAAUUAGUGCAUUGGACGGAGGUGGUGCGUUUCUGUUCAUUUGUAAGGUCAGACAGGGUACAAACGAGAGGUGCAAAUGGCAGCGAGUGAAGAAUUAAUUGGCGAGAUUCACAAGAUCAGUGAAAUUUUGAAAUCAUCGGACAGCAAUUGGGAUGUAAUUGAGAUUACGCAACUGCUCAAGUCUCUGGGAUUGCAGUUGGAUUCCGUGGACUUUGAGACGGCGGUGGCACCAAAUGAGGGGACAGCGCCCCAUUUAUCUGUGGAAAUUCGCUGUGGGACCUCAAAGAUUGUCUCCAGGCUCACAUCAACGGUUAAGCGUGAAUGUAUUUGUCCGAAAUAUUCGAACAACAGUUCCUUCUGGGAGGUCCAGGGAAUAGCUCCAAGUGCAAAUGGCGUGGAAAACGGAAAUACGAAGGAAAAAUCAUCGAAUCUUCUACCGGAAAUAUCGAAAAAUACCAAUGAUUGCGUAAAGACGCUCCUGGAUGCUGCUUUGCACCUCUUUAAGACACCCGCAACUGUGCCAACAACCACUGAUCUUGUGGAUUUGCAUUCAAACAAGGAAAAUUCCGUACCAGCGGUGAAAAUUGAGCCAGCUGCUGAAGAAAAUUUAAACACAUCCUCAUCAACACAAAUUAUUUCUCCCAGCCCCAAAGAUGAGGUCUUCUUUGCCAACAUGCGUGCCGACAAUGAUCGUGAUAUACGCAUAAUUCAGCAAUUGUCCGAGGCACGCUAUAAAAUUGAUCAGGCUCUUCUUAUGCUGAAAUUCAAUGGGCGCAGUGAUAUGCUACACAAUUCCCUCCUCAUGAAUACACCACAGAAGCCAAGUGCUUGCUCAUCUCCACGAGUGUCUUCAGCCAGGAAGCAUCCAUACCGAAGGGAUGACAUUCAAGGAAUCGUCGUCAAUAAGAUUGAGAAUAAGAAGACUUCUGCGAAGCUCUCAUUGCUCCCACCAAGGGAUGAAAAAAUUCUCAAGAGACGCUCUGUGGGCAGCAUUUCGGAGCAAUUUGUAAGGCGUGAACCACUUCUUCCGCGUGCCCUACCCCAAGCACCAGCAGCACCAUCAGCUGCUGCUGGUGUGAAAAAGAAAGUGGCCGUUAAGGAAAAUAUCACCAGCAAUCUCAGGCGAUCCAUGAAAUUGUCUCAAAGCAUGCCCAAACUACCCUCAUCAGCAACGAAGAAAUAACUUUUUUCCAUCUUGAGGAUUUUUUCCUUUUUUUUAAAUUUAUAAUAUUGCAUGACUUGAAACAAUUUAUUUUAUUCUGUGAAUUAAAAAAAAUUAUUGAGCAACAUUCUGAGAAUCUGAUAAUAAAAAUUAAUUUGAUUUGUUUCAACUAA